CGCGCACAAAACGCUCGAGGGAGGGUGCGAGCGGGAGGCGGCGGCGGCGCUCGCAAGCAGGCGGUAGAAUGCUGCAUGAGGCCUGGUGCUGCUCACAGAGUGGCUGAACAUUUGACAGUUAAUAACAAGGGCCACAAAUCAUGUCUGGCUCCUAUGAUGAAUCUGCAGCAUCCGCUGAAGAAAUAACUGACAGCUUUUGGGAGGUGGGGAACUACAAACGGACAGUGAAACGGAUUGAUGAUGGAUAUCGGUUGUGCAAUGACUUGAUGAACUGUAUCCACGAGCGGGCCAAGAUUGAGAAGGCAUAUGCCCAGCAGCUGGUUGAUUGGUCCAAGCGGUGGCGGCAACUAAUAGAGAAAGGCCCACAGUACGGCAGUCUGGAGAAAGCAUGGAUGGGCAUAAUGACAGAGGCCGACAAGGUGAGCGAACUGCAUCAGGAAGUGAAGAAUAGUUUGUUGAAUGAAGAUUUUGAGAAGGUGAAGAACUGGCAGAAAGAUGCCUUCCACAAACAGAUCAUGGGAGGCUUCAAGGAGGCUAAGGAAGCAGAGGAUGGUUUUCGGAAAGCACAAAAACCCUGGGCCAAGAAGAUGAAGGAGCUGGAGGCAGCCAAGAAAGCAUAUCACCUGGCAUGCAAAGAAGAAAAACUGGCUAUGACUAGGGAAGCCAACAGCAAGGCUGAGCAAUCAAUCACCCCAGACCAGCAGAAGAAGCUGCAGGACAAGGUGGACAAGUGCAAACAGGAUGUGCAAAAGACCCAGGAGAAGUAUGAGAAGGUGGUGGAAGAGCUAAGCAAGUGUACCCCACAGUACAUGGAGAGCAUGGAGCAGGUCUUUGAGCAGUGCCAGCAGUUUGAAGAGAAGAGACUUAACUUCCUGAAGGAGAUGCUGUUGGAUAUCAAGAGACACCUGAACCUGGCAGAGAACAGCAGCUAUGCUAAAGUCUACCGCGAACUGGAACAGACCAUUCGCAUGGCUGAUGCUCAGGAGGACCUCCGAUGGUUCCGUAACACCAGUGGCCCAGGGAUGCCUAUGAACUGGCCUCAGGUUGAGGAAUGGAAUCCAGAUGCAACACAAACAAUAAUAAGGAGAGACAAGCCCAAGAAGAAUGAAGGAGGCAACACACCCAAUGCCAGCGGAAGUGGGGAGUCAGCAGCACAGUCUGGGGAUCGUGGCAGUGUGAGCAGCUAUGAUCGGGGCCAAGCCUACACUGCAGAGUGGUCAGACGAUGAGGGUGGCAACACCUACAACUCCAGUGAAGCCAAUGGUGGUGCCAACUCUUUUGAGGAGGAGACAGCUGGGAAAGGUGUGCGUGUGCGAGCUCUAUAUGAUUACGAUGGGCAGGAGCAGGAUGAACUGAGUUUCAAAGCAGGUGAUGAAUUAACCAAAUUAGGUGAAGAAGAUGAACAAGGGUGGUGCAAAGGUCGUCUGGACAGCGGGCAAUUUGGUCUCUAUCCAGCUAACUAUGUGGAGGCCAUCUAGUUUUUGUCACGUUCUCCUCACUGUUGUCAGAAAAAACAAACCAACCCUCUGUCAUCUCUCAUCUCUCUAUGCCAGCCAAGUAGUCAUUUUGCCGUCCAGUCAUUCCUUCAGCACAGUUAGAGAUCUAAACAUAUUUUCCAACCAAUCUUUUAUUUUUUUAAUAGCCAUCUCUGAAGAGUAUUUUGCAGUCGCUUUAACCUUUUUUUUUAAGAUAAUGUGAUAUGAAAGGUUGACACUGUGGUUUGGGGGGGGGGUUAUUUUGUAAGUGAAAGUCAAUACCUCAAGCCCUUAAAGUCUAACCAACAAGGCUUCUGAUUGGUUGAUUUUAAGGGUAAUGUAAUGAUGAG